AUGGCUGAUCUCGCAUAUCAAUCUGGAUAUGGGAACAUGUUUGAGACCGAAGCAAUUUCAGGCGCUCUCCCUCGUGGUCAAUGUGCACCCCAAGUGUGUCCCUUCAACUUAUAUGCUGAACAAUUAAAUGGGACUGCAUUUACAGCACCACGUGCCCUAAACCAAAGAUCUUGGAUGUAUAAGCUGAGGCCAAGCGUAUCAGGCCAAACUCCAUAUCAAAAAAUUGAAGCUGGCCAAUUUUCCAAUGCUUUUUCAACAUUUGAAGUUACUCCAAGCCAACUCAGAUGGAGAGAACUUCCAUUGCCAGCUGAUGGGACCCAAAUUGAUUUCGUACAAGGAAUCAGCACUAUGGGCGGCAUUGGGGAUCCAACUGUAAAAACAGGACUCGCAAUCUAUAUGUAUAGCUGCAAUACCAGCAUGGACAACAAAGCUUUUUAUAGCGCUGAUGGUGAUUUUCUAAUUGUUCCCCAACUCGGGAGCUUGCUCAUUAAGACUGAAAUGGGCAGACUAAGCAUUGAGCCACAAGAGAUCGCUGUUAUUCCUAGAGGAAUAAAAUUUGCAGUCUACGUCCAAGGUGACUCGAGAGGGUACAUCUCAGAAGUCUUCUCAGGACACUUCAAAAUCCCAGACCUUGGCCCAAUCGGUGCAAAUGGCUUGGCAAACCCUAGGGAUUUUUACGCUCCAGUUGCGUGGUACGAAGAUAUCGAUGCCGAGUUUACCGUUGUAGGAAAGUUCGGUGGAGAAUUAUUCCAAUACACCUUACCUCAUUCACCUUUUGACGUGGUUGCAUGGCAUGGAAAUUACACUCCUUAUAAGUAUGAUUUGAGAAAUUACAACACAAUGAAUACAGUUUCUUAUGAUCAUGCUGACCCAUGCAUUUUUACUGUUUUAACUUGCCAAAGUCUUGACCCAGGCACAGCUGUUUUGGACUUUGUAAUUUUCCCACCAAGAUGGAUGGUUGCUGAACACACCUUUAGACCGCCUUAUUACCAUCGUAAUACGAUGACUGAGUUCAUGGGAAACAUUGUGGGGACUUAUGACGCAAAAACUGAUGGAUUUGUACCAGGAGGAGCAUCGCUUCAUAGUUGCAUGUCUGGCCAUGGCCCAGAAGCAAAAGUGUUUGAGAAAGGAUCAACUUCAAAACUGGAGCCUGUCAGGUACCCUGAUAACAACUUGCAGUUUAUGUUUGAGACUAUGUUUAUGCUGACUCCCCACCUUUGAAUUAGAACAAAAAAGUCAACUUAAAGGGGGUUAAUUUUUUGAUAAAAAUUUUUAAAAAUAUAAAUUGUGAGAUUUUAAUUUUUUUAUCAUAAUUAAUAUAAAAAUAUAAUGAAUUAAAGUUUUUCAACUAUUUAAAUAGCAUUCUAUUUGUGCUAAUUCCAUAAGUUGGUCUAAAUUAGUAUUUUUUUACCUUAAAAAUUUUAGACUUUUAAAAAUAAAAUUUUGCUCCAAUUUAAAGGGAUUAAUUUGCCCAAGAAAUGGGAAUUUUACAUACAUUUUGUUUCAAUUUAAAGUGGGGGAGUGAGAAUCCCAAGCUGGGCGUUAGAAAGAGAAAGACUUGAUAUCAACUAUUUGGAGUGCUGGAAGGGUCUUGAAAAGCACUUUACACCUUAA